AUGAAUUUCGCACCUGUGAGACGGCCAAUUGGCUGUCUCAAGACUGUCUUUCGACAUGCAAGACAACAACGAGCCGCACAGCGCAGCCUCACAACUGCUAGCAGCGAAACCCCAACACAAAGUGCCAUCAGCGCGAGGCAACGUGCUGCUCACGAAAAGAUCGGCAAGUUUGCAAUCUAUCCACAGAUCGAAUCUAUCCGGUCGACAAACCCUGACCCGAUGCCCAUCCUUCGCCAACAACAACUGGCUCAGUUAGAUCCCACAGGGGCCAGAACUCGUCUAUUUUCCAAGGAUCACGCGGAUAGUGCCAAAGUUGGAGAUGUGCUCAUGGUCACUUCCAAGGGCGGUGAACCAUUUUCGGGGGCAUUCAUUCAGAUCCGUCGUCGAGGCGCCGACACGGCCAUCCUACUUCGAGGACAAAUGAUGAAGAUUGGUGUGGAGAUGUGGUUCAAAAUCUACAGCCCUUCCGUUACAGGUAUUGAUAUUAUUUGGAGAAGACCAAAGAGGGCGAGAAGAGCCAGAUUGACCUAUAUGCGCAAGCCUAAACACGAUAUGGGCAGUGUGGACAACUUGGUGUCCGCGUGGAAGAAGGAGAGAUAUGCUUUGCGAUCGAAGUCGAAACAAUUUGGCGGCAAGAAGGCCAAAAAAUAA